AUGGUCGACUACUACGAGGUGCUGGGCGUGCCGCGCCAGGCCUCGUCGGAGGCCAUCAAGAAGGCGUACCGCAAGCUGGCGCUCCGGUGGCACCCGGACAAGAACCCGGACAACAAGGAGGAGGCGGAGCGGCGCUUCAAGCAGGUGGCGCAGGCCUACGAGGUGCUGUCGGACGCCCGCAAGCGCGACGUGUACGACCGCUACGGCGAGGCGGGCGUGGAGGGCGGCGGGCGCGGCGGGCGCGGCCACGCGGGCGGCGGCGGCGGCGGCGGGGGCCACUUCCAGGACCCCUUCAAGUACGUCUUCACCUUCCGCGACCCCGCCGAGGUCUUCAGGGAGUUCUUCGGCGACCGCGACCCGUUUUCGUUUGAUUUCUUCGGGGACCCGUUCGAGAACCUUCUGGGCGGGCGCAGGAGCGGCCGCGGCAGCCAGCGCGGCAGCCGCGGGCCCGCGUCGCUCUUCUCCACCUUCGGCGACUUCCCGGCCUUCGCGGGCCGCUUCCCGGGCGCCGACGCGGGCUUCUCGGCGUUCGUGGGCCCCGCGGGCGGCCUGUCCACCUUCUCCAUGACCUGCGGCGGCGGCGGCGGCGCCAGCCACUUCAAGUCCGUGUCCACGUCCACCGAGAUCGUCAACGGCAGGAAGAUCACCACCCGCAGAACCGUCGAGAACGGCCAGGAGCGGGUGGAGGUGGAGGAAGACGGAGAGCUCAAGUCGCUGCUCAUCAACGGCAAAGAGCAGCUGCUGCGCAUCGACACCCGGUAA